GACCGAAGCCUUGAGCUGUUUGUGCGCUAAUAACGCGUGCUGCUGUUUUGCACCAGUGGAAAUCCUUUCAUUCAGUGUUGCGCGAGCGCGGAUCGAGCUGUUCUCUCCUCACCGACACACACACACACACACACACCGAGCCUCCAGCGUGCUCAUGCUUCUGAUGUGAUGAAAGCUCCGUCCUGACAGCAUUUGUUCACUCGGUGCAGAAAUGCAGGAGCGAGUGAAGCGCCGUGGAGCGGCGGUGCUGCUGACGCUGUGCGCGGUGCUCGAGUGCAUAGAAGCAAAGAAGUACUGCUGGUAUUUUGAAGGAGGAUACCCCAUCUAUUUCAUAUGUCGCUCGUACGAGGACUGCUGUGGGACUCGCUGCUGCGUCCGAGCGCUUUCCAUCCAGAGACUCUGGUAUUUCUGGCUGCUGCUGAUGAUGGGCGUGUUCUUCUGCUGCGGAGCGGGCUUCUUCAUUCACCGGAGGAUGUAUCCAUCAGCACUCAGCGAGGAGCCCGCCUUCAACGUGUCCUUCACCAGACAACCGGUCAGCUCGCCAGUCUCCCAGCAGCCAGGCAUGCAAGGCUACGGUGACCCCUGCGGUGCCAUGACGACGGCCCUGACCCCGGGUCAGACGACCCCAGCACACAUGAUGAGCUCGUACCCGCCACCGCCCUCCUACUGCAAUCAUCCGCCGCCCUCGUACGAACAGGUCUUCAGGAACGCCGAGAAGAAGAGCCACAGCGAAUCCUCGCAGUGAGAGACGCCGCUG